AUGGGAAACGAAGCAGCCCUGAGAUCUUCAAUGGUAGGUCUUGCAGUGGUGAUGGUGGUGGUGUGGUUAUGGACACAGUUGACACAGUCUUUAAAGAAGACAGUCGUUACUUACGCAGUUGGUGUUUCUCUGAUCGGCGGCUUACUUUUGCCCGAUUGGGACUUCUUUGAUCGGAGUUUCUCUCGGUGGGGCUAUCCAGUCACUGCCGAGGAAAGAGCCGCCGCUUUAUCUCGCAAAUCCCAUCCUACAAGGUUUAGAAUAUACCCUAUGAGGAUGAUUGGAUACGGCACGGUGUACGGAUACGCAAUGUAUAGGUGGUGGAUGUUCGUCUCGAGUUAA